UGUGUGUGUGUGUGGUGAGCGGCGGGCCCGGGAGGGAGGGGGCCGGGAUGUGGCGGCCGCAUGCUUCUCGCUUCUUAGCGCCGGGCUCAGCUCGCCGCUUGCCUUCCUGUUCUUCCCGUUCAUUCCUAGAGUGCUGUGCUCUGAACUCUUUACCCAUUAGUGUUGACAGCUUGGCUAACUUACUCAUCCUUCAAAACCCGUGUCUGUUUUUUGUUUCCCAUCCUGUAUCCAUGGCCUCUGGGGCAAGAUCCGUGUGAAUUUCUACCCACAUCAGAUCUAUCAUAGUGCCUAACACAGAGUAGGAAACUAGGACCCGUGUGUUGAACGGGAAAAUUCUGUCUUUAACUUUCCCAGUUCCCUGCCCCAUCACCUUGCUGUCUGCAAAUUCAUCCAGAUUGAGGCUUCUUGGACAGUGAGCUAAGCACACAGGACACCCUGCCCCAUGUAUCCGUGCUCCCUUUAGCUUUUCAGUAUUCGACUUCAGUCCUCAGUCCUCUUUUUCCCCCAUUUAGCCUCUUCCUCUUGGUUUCACCUCCCCCCCCCCCCCUUUCUCAUGGCAUUUUUUGGACUUGGGUACAAGAUGGCUACCAUCAUCUCCUAAACGGUGUGCAUCUCUCUCAGCCGUCUCCCUUCAUAUAUGUUUUCUUGACUCACCCUUGACUCCUCUUCAUUGGUAUUGGUUCUGUUUUAGUCACAGUAUUGUGAACACCUUAGUUCCCUCAACCUCUUCAGAGCGUCACACUGGUGUAGUCUCUCUGAGACCUGUCUCAGCUCCAGAAAAAGAUGCAGUCUUGGGCCCAGCUACCCUGUAUCCUUUUCCUUUUGAGUUCACAAGUCCACGACAUCGUCUGGCUCACGAGUCAGGGAUGUUUUUGUCUUUCUAUGGCUUGGGAGUGUGAUGAAUGAAGGACAUCAUUUACUGUUUUGCCUACUGUGGCAGAUGUUGAGUGAGAGAAUGAAAUCUAUGUGUGGUGCAUCUGGUGUCCAGUCCCUUGCUGUCGUUCAUUUUCUAUCCCCUGUGGAGCUGAUGAGCCACACUGUCCUCAGAUCUGCUAUAGGCCUCUUUUGUGAGUCUACCCUGCAGAUAACCGUGUAGCUUAAAACCCAGGCUGUGACCGAGCUCUAUAUAGUAUGGUGGUGGGAAUCAGAUGGGUUUCAUUUGAGGAACCAGGAGAUUGGCCUCAACUCCCUGCUGAAUAUGUAGAGAUCAAAUUAUUUGCAGAGCAUGGGUCUAUCUCUGUGUGGUUAGUCUCUAGUGGGAUCUUAGUUUGGUUGGAGAGUGGAAAGCUGGUUUUAGAAGUCCUUUUUCGAAGAUGUUUCUAAAUGUGGACAUUGUUACCUGCCUGGAUUCAGCUGCUGGUAGGAAUGAUAGCUACAGGCAUUGGAUGAUGAGCAGACUUGUAUGGCAGUGGGAUUCUUAGGGCAAAUAAUGCCAUUAGGGGACAGAUGUGGAAGGCUUUGAGUGGAAUUUUGGAGCCCAGUGUGUGAUCUGACAUGGUGAUAUAUACUUGUAAUGCCAGCACUCUGAAGGCUGAGGCAGGAAGACUGGACUAAGACCAGCCUGGCUUACAUAUGCGGAGGGGCAAACCCAGAACCUUGCAUGUGUUGACAAGAAUUCUGUCAGCGAGCUUUAGCCCCAGCCCCACAGAGGUUUCCAUUUAAAAAAUUAUCUGUAAAACCAGGAAGUGGAGGCCCAGGCCUUUAAUCCCAGCACUAAGGAAGCAGAGGCAGAAGGAUCUCGGAAGUCACCUUUGUGUGACUGUAUGGCCUCGCUGGUGGCAUAUGAUGAUUCUGACUCCGAGACCGAGGCUGACCCUGCCAGAAGUGGGGACGCUGCAGGUCAGAUAAGUGACGCCUCUGGUAUGAGCAGGCCGUCUGGGAUGGGGUUUGCAUCUAGCACAGUGGGCGUGACCAAAGAGGGGGCACAGCACACAGGGAACUCUCCUAAUGAAGACCCAGGGAUGCAACGUCUGCCGCUGGCUCGGCUCUGGAGAAGUGACCCUGGGUCUUGUCCCAGCCAGAGGCUACAGUGGCCCUCAAAGGAACCUGAUACCACUUUCCCUCCCAGUGAGCCUCCUCGUCCUUCUCUGUGGAUGAGCCGGGCUCCAGUCGGCCACGUGCCCCUAGCAGCUGCCUGUCUUAAGCCACUAAAACCUGCCUGGGACGUCCUCAAACCUUCUCAUGAUCAAAGCACAUUUGAAAGCACAGCUGGAAAUGCCAGCUCUUCUCAGAGGAAAAGGGGUGAGGACUGUGUGCUUCCCUAUAUCCCCAAGAGGCUAAGGCAGCUGCAAGCGCUGAAUCCAGAAGCAGGUGGGGGCAAAGAUGGAGAGCCCCCGGGACCUCCUGCAGGGUGUGCCCCGGCCCCACUCUGUGUGGCUCCCACAGUGUCUGAGUUCAUCCAGCCAUAUUUGAACAGUCAGUACAGAGAGACUACGGUCCCCAAGAAAGUGCUUUUCCACCUUCGAGGCCACAGGGGCCCGGUCAACAGCAUUCAGUGGUGUCCAGUCUUUUGCAAGAGCCACAUGCUUCUCUCUGCUUCCAUGGACAAAACCUUCAAGGUGUGGAAUGCUGUGGACUCGGGACACUGCCUGCAGACCUACUCUGUGCACAGUGAGGCAGUAAGGGCUGCACGGUGGUCUCCCUGUGGCCGGCGCAUCCUCAGUGGUGGCUUCGACUUUGCCCUGCACCUAACAGACCUUGAAACAGGAACCCAAGUGUUUAGUGGUCAGAGUGACUUCAGAGUCACCACCUUGAAAUUUCAUCCAAAAGACCACAACGUCUUUUUAUGUGGCGGCUUCAGCUCUGAAAUCAAAGCUUGGGACAUGAGGACUGGCAAGGUGGUGAAAGGCUACAAGGCCACCAUCCAGCAGACCCUGGACAUUCUCUUCCUCCAGGAGGGCUCCGAGUUUCUUAGCAGUACGGACGCAUCCACCCGGGACUCUGCUGACCGAACCAUUAUCGCCUGGGAUUUCCGGACCGCUGCCAAGAUCUCCAACCAGAUCUUCCAUGAGAGGUACACCUGUCCCAGCCUCGCCUUGCAUCCAAGGGAGCCUGUGUUCCUUGCACAAACCAAUGGCAACUACCUGGCUCUCUUUUCCUCUGUGUGGCCCUAUCGGAUGAGCAGACGGAGACGCUACGAAGGUCACAAGGUGGAAGGCUACGCGGUGGGCUGUGAGUGUUCCCCAUGUGGUGACCUGCUGGUGACAGGCAGCGCUGAUGGCCGGGUUUUGAUGUUCAGUUUCCGCACGGCCAGCCGAGCGUGCACACUACAAGGGCACACGCAGGCCUGCCUUGGCACCACCUACCAUCCUGUGCUGCCUUCUGUCCUCGGGACCUGCUCCUGGGGAGGAGACAUCAAGAUCUGGCACUAACUGGCAACUGAGACCCUGCCCCUGGGUAGGCGGCCGGAGGUUAGGCUGCUCCCGAGAGCUGCUGGGCUUCAGUGACUCGGCUAUAGCAUGGGGGUGAGAAGCCGUCUCGGCGCAAGCGUGUGUUAGUAAAGGUGUUUGCCGAGUGACUGGUGGGUGACACGCAAUCAGUAAGCGUGUGCUCUGUAUGGUUUGGUUGGUUGAUUGGUCUUUUACUUGUUUGUUUGUUUUGUUUCUGGUUUUUCAAGACAGGGUUUCUCUGUGUAGCCCUGGUGGUCCUGGAACUCAGGCUGGCCUUGAACUCAGGGACCCACCUGCCUCUGCCUCCUGAGUGCUGAGAUGAAAGGUGUGUGCCACCACGCCUGGUGUGGUUUUUCUUAAUGUGAUUUUGGCAAUGAACACAUAUUAGCAGUGUCUUCCUGCCUUCUUACUGCAGAUAGGGGAGCUUGAGAUGGGACUGUCACCUGCUGGUCCUUCGGACAGUGAGGCUCUGGGGCUUGUGACUGCCCAGGAGCUCAGUGCACCUCAGCGCCCCCCACCACCACCCCACUAUAAGACACCAACAACUGUGUUUCUUCCUACCCACCUCUGGUCCUCUAACUUGCUGCCUGCCCACUGCCAGGUGGGUGGUCUGUGGUGGGCAAAGCUAUGCAUCUGUCCUGAAGGAGUGCGAGGAGAAGCAGGGACUCAGAAGCACAUAGAAGGAAGUGUGGCAUGUAGGGAGUGGAACUGUUGGAAAGGAUGACGAGGAUUAGGAGGCGUGGCCUUGUGGGAGGAAGUGUGUCACUGGGGGUGGGCUUUGAGGUUUCAGAAGCUCACACCAGGUCCAGUGGAUCUCUCUCCACCUUCAGAUGAGGAUGUAGAACUCUUAGCUACUGCUCCAGCGCCAUGCCCGCACUCUGCCAUGCUUCCUCCCACCAUGAUGAUAAUCUGAAUGAUGAACCUCUGAAACUGUAAACCCGCUUCAAUUAAAUGCUUUUUAAAAUAAGA